UUGCAACUAUCUACAUAUGCAAUAAAACUUCUAUCAAAAUAAAGAUAAUUUUAUUGCGAGUAUAAUGAUACAAGAAGAUAAUCACACAAUUGAUUACAUUUUGCAUAAGUUUGUGGUGAUUGGUGGAAUGAACAAAGUAUGUAAACAUUGUAAUGUACUGAAAAUUCAUAAUGAAACACCUGGAAUAUGUUGUGAAAGUGGCAAAGUAAGAUUACCCGAAUUAUAUUACAGACCGAAACCAUUGGCAACAUUAAUUUCAGGAACAACGCCGCAAUCGAAAAAUUUUUUUGGAUAAUAUCCAAAUGUGUAAUUUGCUUUAGAAUUACUUCCUUUGGAGCGACGAAUAUAAUACGAAAUGAUUUAUGCCGACAUUUAAGGUAAUUUCGGCUCUGGAUACAAGAGCAAAUGUAUAAUAGGAUUGGUUCAUUAUUGCCAUAUCCAGAUGCAAACCACCAGUUCUUGCACAUCUACUUCCUUGGCAAUACUGAAAAUKAAGUAGAUGCCCGUUGUUCAAUAUUCACAAGUGCCAGAAGAAUAAUAAUACGUUUGCAAUUCACACAUUGUUUCAUAAACUUGAUUAUUUGAUUAAUACUUUUCGGACAGCACUUGAUCAGAUGCCGUCUGAUGAUCAUAAAAUCGUGAUUCGUGCUGAUAGAAGACCAAUCAGAGAACACGAACGAAGAUUAACACCCCUAUUCUGUGCACUUGACAAAUUAAUAAAAUAUUGAAAAUUAACUCAAAUAUUUAUCAAGCGAGAAAUAUUUUGGUAUUCUGUGGCAAUCUUGAUAAAAGUAAAAGCUUCAACUCGUAAAGCUUUUCCCCACAUGUGUGGUGAACAAAAUAAUGUAAAUAGAAAACAGCUGAUUUUUAUUCAAAUUAUUCCUGAAAAUGGACUGUUCUGCAACUAAACCCAAACACGAUAGAACUACACACGAGCAACUGGAGGCAUAUGUUUUAUUUUGCCAAGCACACCCAGAAGUGGGUACGGGGAAAAAUUGCCCAAAAACGCCUCAACAAAUGAAGGAGCUGUGGCAGCAGCUGGCAGAUAAGCUUAAUUCGUGCAGAGGACCAAUACGAAGUACUGCAAAAUGGAAAGAGACGUUAGGCGUUUGGAAAAGCCAACUGCGCACUCGUKCAAGGCGGUUGAAAAUAAAUGAAAGGCUCACAGGUGGAGGUCAAAGUUCCAAGCAGAUGACGGACUUUGAAGAAAUGGCUUUGUCUACAUUUGGUUCGGCUGCUGUAGAUGGGAUACAAAAUGUACAAAGCCUUGGUUUAACGCCAAUUGAGCAAACGGUUGAAAGUGCAAUUACAUCACCCACCAGUAGUCCUCUGCAAUUAAGCAGACAGGUAGAAGCAACCACAAAUCCCGAACACCAUCCAGCAAGUCCAUCCACUCCAACUACAUAUCUCAGCUGGGAAAACCAGGAUGCUUCAACUUCGGUGCUAACACGAAGUGCGCGAAAUAAGCUCAUCAGCACUUUAAUAGCUGACAUACCAAAAAGGAAUGCUGCUGAAGAGGAGAGGCGACGGGAGCAUCGUGAAAUGAUGCAGGCCAUUCAAGGCCUAACUAAUUCUAUAACGGAGCUAAUAAAAUCGUAUACUAACAGACCGAUUCUGUGCACUUAACAAAUUAUCAAAAUAUUGUUUAUUUAUCAAGAUUUUUAUCAAGCCAAAAGCUUUUUGUUAUUCUGUGCAAAUAUUGAUAAAACUUAAAGCUUCAGUGCGAAUCGCUUUUCACCAUACUGUGGUGAACAAAAUAAUGUAAACAGAAAUCAGUGUUUAGUGCCAAAUCGAUUCUUCAACAACGAAACCAAAAAAGCAACGUGCUACGCACGAACAAUUAGAAAUGUUAUGUUUCAUUUUGCAGGGCGCAUCCGCGGCAGAGGAAAAAAUACGCCAAAAUCGCCUCGAUAAAUGAAGGAUUUGUGGCGGCAGCUGGCGGAGUAGUUAAAUGCGUGCAGAGYCCCAUCUCGUACUGCAGCUAAGUGGAAAAAGACAAUGGGUGUUUGGAAGAGCCAACUACGUACGCGGGAAAGACGCUUAAAAAUGGAGCAGAGGCUCACUGGAGGAGGGCCCUGUGGCAAGCCGUUGACCGAUUUCGAGCAAAAAUCUUUGGCAGCUUUUGGAUCAGUAGCUGUGGAUGGRGUGGAAACUAUUGAAAGCUUUGGUUUAGGGCUACCGCGAAAACAAAUUGUAGAAUCAUCGAUAAUUGAGUGUCCAAUAUCAUCUACUGAAAGUAGACUGCCUAGACCUAGUAGACACCGAUUCGGAUGCCAGGACAUCACGGCCAUCGCGAGGAGAUCGCAAUAAGCUAAUUAGUACUCUUAUUGCUAACAUAGCAAAGAGGAAUGCUGCUGAAGAACACAGGCAACAUCGUGAAGAGGAACAGCGUCGGGAGCACCGGGAAGUAAUACAUGCCAUCCAUGACCUAACAAGAG